UAUUAACCUAUCAAUCUAUCAUCAGAUGAUAUUAAACAUUAGUUAAACAAACCCUUAGUUACUAAUAGAAAUGGAGGUUAAAGAAGAGAAUAAGGGCAGUAUAAGUAUGGUUGAGGCUAAGCUGCCUCCUGGAUUUAGAUUCCACCCGAGAGACGACGAGCUCGUCUGCGACUAUUUAAUGAAAAGAAACGUUCGCAGCCUCUAUCAACCAGUUGUGUUGAUCGAAGUCGAUCUCAACAAGUGCGAGCCUUGGGACAUUCCUCAAACGGCGAGGGUAGGAGGUAAAGAAUGGUACUUUUACAGCCAAAAAGAUCGGAAAUACGCAACAGGGCAAAGAACAAACCGGGCAACAGCCACCGGUUAUUGGAAAGCAACCGGUAAAGAUAGAGCAAUCCAAAGAAAUGGUAGUCUUGUGGGCAUGAGAAAGACACUUGUGUUUUACAAAGGUCGAGCCCCUAAAGGUCGUAAAACUGAUUGGGUCAUGCACGAGUUUCGUCUCCAAGGAACUUUUAUUCAUCACUCUCCCAAGGUAAUAAUUGUUAUAUUUUACUCGUGUCAUUUGUUUUGAAAUCGUUAAUAUCCUUUGUUGGGGUUAGUUUUUAGAUUAUUUUUGAGUGUAGUAUAUGUUUCUUGAAUAGAAAUAUCAAAUUAAGCAUGAAUCAAGCGUCUCUAGGGGAUGUCACAAUCAUAUUAUCCC